AUGUCGUCACGCUUCUUCUCGCGCGGAGAUAGCGACAGCGAAAGCUCCAGCUCGGAGGAGGAGGAGCUCUACUCCGAGGAGGAGAAGUCACAGGAGGAAGCAUCUGAGGAGGAGUCCGACGAGGAUGAAGACUCGGACGAUUCCUCGUCAGACGAUGAAGGCCAGGGUGCCCAACGUUUCUUGAAGGGCGGCGUUAGCGACGAGGACAGCGACGAGGACGAGGGGGCGAAGGUGCUCAAAAGCGCAAAGGACAAGCGGUUCGAGGAGCUAGAGGGCACAGUGAGGAGCAUAGAGAACGCGGAGAAGAUCAAUGACUGGGCUGUCAUCCAGGAGCAGUUCGACAAGCUGAACCGUCAGAUCCCCGCGCUCAUCCGACAGAACGAUGGCCGCGUGCCCAAGAUGUAUAUCCAGGCCAUCGCCGAUCUCGAAAGCACCAUGAAUGAGACACUCGAGAAGCAGAAGGUCACACCUAAGAAGAUGAACGCCAUCAACACGCGUGGUCUCAACGCUGUUCGCCAGAAGAUCAGGAAGAACAACAAGGACUACUCCAAGGACAUCGAUGCCUACAGGGCGGACAAAGAUGCCUUCAUGCGGGAGGAAAUUAUCGAGGAGAAGCCUAAGGACAAGAAGAAGAAGGCUCCUGCUGCUCAGCUGUCUGCCCAGGCUGUCGCCGAUGCGGAUGACGAUGGCUUCACCAUGGUCGAUGCGCGUGGAAAGGCGGUGCAGUACACCCCAGAGAGCAUUCUCAAGCACCUCCGGUCGAUUGUGGAGCAGAGAGGUCGCAAGAACACAGACCGCAUGGAGCACAUCCGCACUCUGGAAAAGCUCUUCGAUGUUGCUGUGAACGAUUAUCAGAGAGUUCGCAUUCUCCUGACGCUUAUCUCUACGCGGUUCGACUUGACUUCCGGUACCGGCAACCAAAUGGCGCAAGAGCAGUGGAAACUUGCACAACAAGAGUUCAACAAGCUCCUGGAGACGCUCGAAAAUUCCAAGGAGAUCGUCGUUGUGGAGGGUGCUGAAGAGUGGGAAGACGAUGAGAAGCAGCCCGCCAUCACCGAGGGCGAGAUCUUCAAGAUUCCAGGCAGUGUUGUGUCAUUCGUGGAGCGGCUAGACGACGAGCUCACCAGGUCGCUCCAGCACAUCGAUCCCCACACUUCCGAAUACAUUGAGCGCUUGACUGAUGAGGGCUCUCUGUAUGCUUCGCUAGUCCGCGCACUGGUGUACGUGGAGAACCUGAGGAAGAAGGAGACUUUGAACGUGCCCCAAGAGUCGGUGAACCGCGUCAUCAUGCGACGGCUGGAGCAUGUCUACUUCAAGCCCUCUCAAGUCGUCACGAUCCUCGAGAACAACACCUGGAAAGCUCUCCCAUCGAGCGUUGACUCCGAGGUCACCCCUCGUUCCACCGCCGACGACACCGCUUCUCUGGUCCAGACCCUCUGCACAUACCUCUUCAGACACUCUGAGGGCAUCAUCCGCGCCAGGGCUAUGCUGUGCCAAGUCUACUUUUUGGCUCUGCAUGACCAAUACUACAAGGCUCGUGAUUUGAUGCUCAUGUCCCAUCUCCAAGACACCAUCAGCAACUUCGACGUCAGCACCCAGAUUCUGUUUAACCGUGCAUUGGUUCAGAUAGGCCUGUGUGCAUUCCGCGCCGGCUUAGUUUACGAGGCACAGACAUCGCUGCAGGAGAUUUGCGGCAGCAACAGGCAGAAGGAGCUGCUUGCACAAGGCCUGCAGAUGCAGCGCUUCACUCAGAUCUCUCCCGAACAGGAGCGUCUCGAGCGCCAACGGCAACUACCUUUCCACAUGCACAUCAAUCUUGAGUUGCUAGAGUGUGUUUACCUCACUUGCUCUAUGCUUCUCGAGAUCCCUCUCCUUGCACAAAUUGGCUCAUCCCCAGACAUCCGGAAGCGCGUCAUCAGCAAAACAUACCGCCGCCUCUUAGAGUACCACGAGCGCCAGAUCUUCACUGGUCCGCCCGAGAACACCCGCGACCAUGUUAUGCAGGCCUCCAAGGCACUUUCUGCAGGCGAGUGGCAGAAGGCCGCGCAAUACAUCAACAGCAUCAAGAUCUGGGAGCUCAUGGCCGACAGUGAGAAGAUCAAGGAGAUGCUAUCAGCCCAGAUCCAAGAAGAAGGUCUGCGAACCUACCUCUUCACCUACGCCCCCUUCUACGAUACCCUCGCCGUGUCCACGCUAGCAUCCAUGUUCGACCUCCCAGAGCGCAAGGUCUCGGCGGUUGUGUCAAGAAUGAUCUCGCACGAAGAGCUCGCCGCGGCCCUCGACCAGGUCAACAGCGCCAUCAUCUUCCGGAAGGGCGUCGAGCUCUCCAGAUUGCAGACGCUGGCGCUCAGCUUAUCGGAUAAGGCAUCGGGUCUUAUCGAGUCGAACGAGAAGACGCUCGAGCAGAGGACACAGGGCACUGCCAACGCCUUCGAGAGGCAAACAGGCCGGGGACGUGGUGGCGGCCGUGGCGGAGGCCGUGGCGGAAGAGGUGGCGGUAUGGGACGUGGAGGCGGCGGCGGACGGAAUCAGCAGUUCACGGGCGGUGCGCUUGGACGGGCUAUUCAGGCAUAG